UCAUGCGCGUGCGACACGAGGAACGUCAGCGCGUUUAUCCUUUGUAAUUUAAAAUACCUGGAACCCAAAUUCGUUGUACACAAUUUUGGAAAAAACGAAUCUACCUAGUGACCAACGAAAAAUGGAUGGAAAAAAUUACCAAGAUUAUCAAAAUUCACUGAGGACUGUUCUGAAUAAAGCACUUGUCGAGGGGCUUAGGCGGAACGAGGAGCAAACCAAAACAUGGAAAGAUUACAAAAAAGCUCAUGAAAAGGUUAAAAAGGGUCUUGACAUUUUGCCCCAAGAAUUGACAACUAAUUGUAUGGUGCCUAUUGGGCGUAAAGCACUCAUGAAAGGAAAAUUGGUUCAUACUAAUGAAAUUUUAGUUUGCCUGGGCGAAGGAUAUUUCGCUAAAUAUAGCGCCAAGCAAGCUAUAGGUGUCUGCGAUCGCAGAAUAAAACAGGCUGAUGAAAUGCUGGUAAAUCUUGAGAAAGAGAAAGAUUUGCUUGAAAUGCGCCAGUCUCUGCCAGUGGAUUAUGAUAUUUUUGGUGACAAUGAACACCAAGAGAUCAUUGAAACAUAUGACGAGGAAGAAGAAAAACAGUGGAGAGUUAAACACAGGCAGCGUCAAAAAGAAUAUCAUCAGAAGCUGGCAAAACUUAGGGCCCAAGAAAAGACAGAAAUACAAACGGAAGAAGACUUGUGGCAAAGAUUAGAUGAGCUUGAACUUGAAGAGGAAUUACAAGAUGAAAUUGACAGAUUACAAGAUGAUGCUUGUAAUUAUUAUGGGGAAGAUACUGAAGAAAAUGAUUAUUAUGAUGAAGAGGAGGACACUGAUUUUUCUGAAGACGACAUAGCUAACGAUUUGAUACAAGAGAGACUUGUUAAAUUGAAGAAUAGCGAAAUGCCUAAACAUCAAAAAGAUUUGUUGGAGACAGAAAACGUGGACAAAGAAGCAGAUCGAUCAUCGUCGUUAACCCACGAUAUUCCAAAUCCUUACCAACCUAGUUCAAUGAGCAGUUUGGACCCAUCUGUCAUCGAAUUUGAACCCGAUAGAAUUGUUAUUGACAAAGACAAGCCUAAAUGCUCUUUGUCGUCACAAAAUGAUAUGAACUGUGUGAAAGAUCAUCAAUCAAAAACGAUAGGUGAGAAACUGACUGGUCAAAAUGUCAGUUCAUGCUUUUCCAAUCAAAUUUCAAAGAGUACUUUCAGUACUGGUGAAGUUCACUCAAUAAGUUCAACAGCUACGACGAACAAUCGUUUAAUUGAAAAUUCUGUUGCGAACAAAGUACAGCCUGAACAGUCUGUUCGUUUUCAAUCUCUACCUGCAGAGAAUAUAGAUGAGGUUUCAGCCAGUACCGCUGCAAAGGAAAGAGACAAAUUUUCGAGAGAAAAGACUGGAUCAGAUGACCGGAUUACUAGACCAGAAACAAACAGACGACGCGUAUCGUUUACAGAUAAAAUACAAGUAAAUGUGUUUGAAAAGUCGAAGCACCAUGCUUUCGACGAGCCUCUGAGAACAGGUCAAGAAUCAUCAAGUGAGUCUGACGUAGAGGAUGAGGUUGAAAAAUUGGCAAUUAUCGAGGACAUGCUUUCCGUCGGUGCAGAUCCAUCCUUGAUUAAUGAACAGAUUGAAGAAUCCACAGAGACUGAAGACGACGCGGAUGACAUAAUAAGAAUUGAUUUCACGCAUUCAGAUGUACAACCUCAAAUACCAGUCAGAUCAGGUGCGGAUGACGUGAUAGAAAACCCUUUGGAUAUAUAUCGAAUAUUCUGUAAACCGAAAUCGAUAUUGAAGAAAUCAUCGGUUAAUGUUGGUGAUUAUAAAAAUAUCACUUCACCAGUAGACGAUACGAGUGAUUCAGAAAUCGAUGAGUUGCCUCGUGGAGUAUCUCGUACUAUCAUCGUCAAGGAUGUAGAAGAAAGAAAACCGGAAGUCCUUGAGGUACACAAUCCUCCAAGUAAAGCACGACCCCUUAGUAAAUUCAAAAUGGCUCGAUCUGGAAUUAAACAAUAAAGUUUUCAUUG